ACAUGGUGCUCGUCGACUGCACGUUGAACUCGCAUCAAAUCGCUUGACUUUGCCGCCUAUGAAACUUAUAAACAAAAACAGUUAAAUAAACACUUUGUCUCGUGUCGCGUACAUUUUGUGAGCCCGUGUGUUUAACAGAGUGUGAGUUGUUCUCUGUGCUAGCGUGUUUGUGUGCUGUGUGUUGUGCUACUCCACACGGUGCGCCCUCAUUGUGCUCUCGUGCAAAUGAAAAUUUCAUUGAGCAGAAAGUAGCCGCAGAAAAGUGGAAAAUCCUAAAACAGCUAAAAGCAAAAAUAAAUCAUUUCAAAUCGCUUUAAGUGAAAUUAUCAAAAAAAAAAAAACCAGCAAAAUAUUUACAGAUUCACUGGAACCGUGCAGAAAACUUUAAGAAGCAAACAAACUACGCCAAUUAAUUGUGGUCGCAGUUGCAGGUUCAAUAAACGCUGCACUGUUAAUUAAUAACAAUAAAAAAACACCCAACUACAAGUGGAAGCGAUUGCAUUUAGCUCUUGGAAGAUGCAGUGCGGAUUGGAGCAAAUGAACGACUGCGAACGCUCGCCGAACCGAACAAAUCUGCGCGUCAACUUCAAUGAGAAGGGCGCCGAGGUUAAGGAGCGACGCGAAAAGUUUCUCACAGCCAAAUAUGGCUCACAUCAGAUGAGCCUGAUCAGGAAGCGUCUGGCUGUCGAAAUGUGGCUAUACGAUGAGCUGCAAAAGCUCUUUGAUCCACCGAGUGAGGCGAUCGAUGUGGAUAUUGAUGAAAUUUUAGACAUGGACACAGACGACAUAAGAAGAUCUCAUCUUAUUAGAUUACUCUCAGUGUGCAAACGCCCGCAAUCGGACAUAUCGAAGUUCAUCAGCGAUCUUUUGGAUCGUGCAAAAACGCUGUAAAUUGCGCUGCUUCUUCUAUAAAAAAUAUAAAAAUAAAACUAAAAAUAAAAGAAAUCAUUAAACAUAAAAAGA